AUGGGUCGUCUUAUCAAGAAUCAUUGGGCUCGGCUCAUUGUUAUGAGCGCCGCAGCUUAUCAGUUUGGAGCCGCUCUUGAGGGUUUCUUCUGGCCCAAGAUCUUCUGGGAUUUCCUAACCAAGACUCUGGACCCGGCAGUCAAGCCCAUACCAGUAUUGCAGAUUAUCAACCUGGUAAUGGCUCUGUUUAUGGUUGCCCUCGAAUGGCCUCUUGGUUUCAUUGCUGGCAGCUCGAUCCACCGCAGUCUUGAAUUCCGUCUCAUCAUCCUCCCUCUCACGACUCUCGCCGCCGCCCUCAUCUACCAAGGCACGAACGCCGCUUUAUACUACCUUAUCGCUCUGGUCGUGUACUUCUGGGCAUACAGUGAAGGAGAAAUCAUCUGCGCUAAGCCUUGGACACUCCCCCAGAGAGGUCGCAGUGGUGGUCGGGUCUAA